CACACACUGGUCACACACCAUCACCUGAGUGUGUGUGUGUGUGUGUGUGUAUUUUACUGCAUGAGCGGCUACGCACUUGGACGCAAACACAUCCAGAGACACGAUGUGACACUCUUUACGCAUUUGGAGAGCGGUGCGCACUGAGAACGCGCCGUUGCACCGCGGUGAUCUGGCUGUUUUGGGGGACGCCUGAUGCUGCUGGGGUGAAAGUCCAGGGAUGCUGCGGCUCGUCUGGCUGCCGGAGUGCCGCCGCGCAACGUGGGGCUGCGCCCUCCACAGCUGCUGAACGGCGGAGGCGCGGAUCGUUUUUGCUGCGAACAUGAUUUGACUCAUCAACAGGGGAAUCACCCGCUAUGCAUCACUCAGGGGACGUCUGAGCGUCUCCUGCGGUGGUAUCGCUCGCUGCUGGGGCUUGUGGGAGUGCGUGGUCUUCCUCUUUUCCCAGCCUGCAAGAUGGGGAAUAGUUUCUCCAAUUUGGCUGCAUUCCAGUCCCUGCACAUAGUCAUGCUGGGGCUGGACUCCGCAGGUAAAACCACCGUGCUGUACCGGCUGAAAUUCAACGAGUUCGUCAACACGGUGCCCACCAUCGGCUUCAACACGGAGAGGAUCCGGCUGGGGGGCGCGGGGGCCUCCAGGGGCAUCAGCUGCCACUUCUGGGACGUCGGGGGCCAGGAGAAGCUGCGGCCCCUGUGGAAGCCCUACAGCCGCUGCACGGACGGUAUCGUGUACGUGGUGGACUCCGUGGACGCCGAGAGGCUGGAGGAGGCCCGGACUGAGCUGCACAAGAUCACCCGGUUCUCGGAGAACCAGGGGACCCCGCUGCUGGUCAUCGCCAACAAGCAGGACCUGCCCCGGGCGCUGGAUGUCGGGGAGAUCGAGAGGCAGCUGGCCCUGGCCGAGCUGAGUCCCUCCACCCCGUACCACGUCCAGCCGGCCUGCGCCAUCAUAGGCGAGGGUCUGGACGAGGGCAUGGACAAACUGUAUGAGAUGAUAGUGAAGAGGAGGAAGUCACUGAAGCAGAAGAAGAAGAGGCAGUGAUGACACUUAUGGAUGAUUGAUUGGGUGGCAAAAAAAAACAGAUUAAUCUUUACUAUAGAAAUAUUCUAGGAUGGAUUCUAGUGAUAUUUUUUAAGUGAUAGAAUACGUAGCAGAUAAAAAACACCAUGAAGCAUAAAUAUCAUUGUUAUGACUUGCAGAAACAUUGCAAGUCUCCAUGAAUGAUGGCAGAAAUAUAUAUGCAGUGAUGCCACAAGCAGUAUAAACUCAUCCACAUCCAUAUGCUCCUGUAGGAAUGUUAGAGAGGGACACAGCUCAGAUAAAACGCCUGAUUUCUUUUAGUUUAUUUGCAGUAAACAAGUAGAUGAUCCUAUGAUGUAAACUCUCAAAAUAAUCACAACAAAUCCAUGGGAAAAUAUUGAUGUUUGCCUUGAUUGAUGACUGUUUGGAGCUCCUGUAGAGGGAGGCGGUGUCUCUAUGAACUGUGGUAAGUCCCUGACGUGGGGAUAUUAAUAUGAUUGCUUCAUUAGGGGGUGCCUGCAUUAGAGCAGAGAUGUGGUAUACAGAGUGUGGACCUACUGGCAGGGCUCCCUGUUGCUGCUGCUGCUGGUGGGAGCCGUGCACAGAUGUGUUGUAAAUGUGAUUAGGGAUGCACUGGUGCACAGGCUGGUGUUCAGAGCCGUGGGAUGGUGUUACGCCAAAGACGACUCCCCUGGGAAGACACACAAACGGCUCGAUCUCCUCUAUCCUCCGGUGUUUGGUAGUUUACUGCCACUUUGAGGUGAAACUAUAAAUCCAGAAGUGAACGAAUAAGACUCUGGCCGUAAAUCUUCAUUAUGAUUCUGGAGGUUUCUGUUAUAUGUUGACACGAGUAUAUAUGACACCAAUUAUCUCUUUGCAGAAUGAAAGCUGUUUUUGAAAGUAAUUAGCAAAAUGGCAGUGUUUGAAUCUUACCCCGUGACCGACCCCGGAUUUUUCCGGCUGUGUGUCUUAUCCCAGAGAAACCCUCUUUGAUUCCCCCUUGAGCUCUUCAGCUCUGAGAACAGCUGAUUCUGUCUUUACACAACACAGCAGAUGUCUGCCUUGGACUAUCUUGACCAUUUUAUCACUGCUUCCUCUGAUUCUUCGAACUCGUCUCAUGGUUCUCCUCCUGAUUUACAGCGAGAUUGUUCAGCUGUUCAUGUGGUGAUGCUGCUUUUCUUCCAUGAAAAAUAAGCAGUUGCCAUUUGUUAGUUUCCAGUGGGGUAUAUUUGCUACAGAAAGUCCUACAAAUAAUCUCCGACGGCACCAAUUUGAUGUCAAAUACUUGCACAUAAACCACUUUCAUGGCCAGAACAAAGAUAACAUGUGAACAAUAGCUUGUCUUGUUUUAUUGAACAGGUUCUUUAGUUUAAAGAGUAAAUCUAAAUCUAGCGUGAAUGUUCAAGUUGAGGCUGUAACUACUCUUUGUUUGCAUUAAGUGGAAGUCCCUACACACUUCUGACCAGUUGAUCAUUAAGAUUAACGAUUAAUCGACUGAUUGUUUCAGUCCUAGUUUCUUCUCCUCUUUCCCCACGUGUCUGAUUACACUGUUUAUAUCAUCCGCCAUCUCAAAAUGUUCAUACUUUUUUCCUGCUGACAAAAAGAACACACUUCGUAGUCGUCAGCGUAAAAGCGAAAUAUUUCAAAUAUAAAUUCAGAUAAACUGAAAAGGUCAGAAUUGUUAGAACAAAUUUAUUUAUCAUUUUAAUUGUGAAUCAGCUGUUUGUCAGAGUUGUUGAGAACGUGUUAUGAGUGCACCCCCGCACUGUGUCGACCUGCUGGCAGUGACAUGACUGAGACCAGGGGGGAAAGUGUCUUCCUGUAAUGACGACGUAGUGAAACCAACCAACAGGCUGGAACCUGUUCAGCUGCUUCUAGACAAUGACCGUUUCUCUUAUUGGACGAAACUUUAUCCUCAACUUGUCCUCCAGUUAAAAGAUGAACCGAAACCUAGUGUAUGUACGUGAGGUUUUGAAUCAAAUUUAUCCCCUUACCACAACAGUGUUAGCAUCAAGCUCUACCUAUUUUACGUAGGUGUUUAAGGCGUAAGUGACAGCUUGCAGAAUAGUUUGUAUGAAGCAACUGACAUCAGCAGUUGGUGUCUGUAGUCUUAAGGAUUGUUAAAUGUCUCCAAUGGACUCUCGUCUAAUGCAUUCAUGUCAAAACAAAACAGAAAACAAGACAAAUGCUGCAGCUUUAUGUCCACAAAUAAUACAACAAAUAAUUCUAAACCACACACUGCAGCAUGUUGCUCGAAAUUCCGACAUCAUACCUAUAACUGCCACCUGGGGGCAGUCAUGAAUGUUUUUCUUUUGCAGUCACUAUGUAAUGUUUGCGGCACAAAUGCGACGUGGACGUGGCAAAUCCAUCUCCUAUGAUCAGUCGAGCUGACAUGCAUGACAGCCACAAUUUCAGACAAUGUAAAUUAUACAGUGUAGUGUUACAGCCAAGAUACAGCAAGACCAAACAAUGUAUUACAUGCCAAAAGGGGGAGAAAAGAAGUAUUUUUGGGAUUAAACUCUUUGUAAUUGA